CAGGCCCAGCGGCCAUGGCUCACGGGCCCAGCCACUCCGCGGCAUGUGGGAUCCUCCUGGACCAGGGCACGAACCCGUGUCCCCUGCAUCGGCAGGCGGACUCUCAACCACUGCGCCACCAGGGAAGCCUGCCCUUGACUCACUUUACUGUCUGACACUGUCCUACUCAACCUUCAAGACCGAGGGCAGCCCGAUUUACCUGGGGGCAGCCUGCUCCAGCCUGGGGUGCAAAAUUUCCUCUUGAAUCCAGGAGAGCCCCAUCUCCAAGUAUGCUAAGAUGAGACUGAGUCCCAGAUAACCUCUGAAAAUCUCUUACCUCCCAGGCCCUGCCAGUGGGCAGGACUUCUGGAGGCCCAGGUGCAGUGUGAGCCAUGUGCCCCUUGGUGGGCAAGAGAAAGAAACCCCCAGUCCUGCUGCCAAAGAGGUCGAGGCCUGCCCCACUCACCAGUUUGUGCAAUGAGGACUACCUUCUUCAGGGUGAGAAGAGUGAGGCCCAGAGAGCAGAAGCAACUCACUCGAGAUUGCACGUGGCUCUUUCACCUAAAGGCUCAUUAAACCCUUGGUACCAUGCAGCCCAGAAAAACGCUACAAGAAGGGGGCCUGUGAGGAAACAACUGAGAGGUCCAGUGACUCAUCAGCUCACCCAACUGUCAAAGGCAAAGUUAGACCCCUGACCCGAAGUUGUCUCUGCUACGACUUUGGAAAGCGGAUGAAGUGGGAAAGGCAUCGUUCCUUUCUGGCCUCCUGCUCACGGGGUCAGUCACCCUGACCGGCGUCCCCACAGAGCCCAGACCCUUCCACAAUGGUCUGCUCUCACCACUGCUGGUUUGCUGGGGAGUGGGGUCCAGAACCUGCCACCCGUUGUAUCCUGGAGGGAGAUCUUUCUGGAUCAUCCAGCACUCGUUCCAGACAUGGAAAUUCCUGCAGAAAGCAGUAAGGAGAAAAGGACUCACGUUUUCAGAGGAUUUGCCAGGUGAAGCUGAGCCCAGAACCAUGCAUACUGUUUAUCUUAUCAAAAUGGGUGGAAGUGAAGCAAUCUGAAGGAAAUUCAAGACCACAGAACUUACUGACUGAACCACAUUGUAUUGUUCAUGCCAAGAAUAAGUGUUUGGAGAAAGACCUUGCUAUUCUGCUAAAUCAUGAUGGAGGCAGAAGAACAACAGCCAUGGAAGACAACCUUUUACUCAGAAUUACCUAAAGUGGAACUUCAUGCCCACUUGAAUGGAUCCAUUAGUUCCAAUACCAUAAAGAAGUUAAUAGCCAAGAAGCCAGGUCUUAAAAUCCACUAUCAGAUGACUAUGAUUGACAAGGGAAAGAAAAGAACUUUAGAAGAAUGUUUCCAGAUGUUUCAAAUUAUUCAUCAGCUUACUACUGGCCCUGAAGAUAUUCUAAUGGUCACGAAAGAUGUCAUUAAAGAAUUUGCAGAUGAUGGUGUCAAGUACCUGGAACUAAGGAGCACACCCAGAGAAAAUGCUACAGGAAUGACUAAAAAGACUUAUGUGGAAUCUGUACUUGAGGGUAUAAAACAGUCCAAACAAGAAAACAUAGACAUUGAUGUUAGGUAUUUGAUAUCAGUCGACAGAAGAGGUGGCCCUUCAGUAGCCAAGGAGACUGUUAAACUUGCUGAAGAGUUCUUCCUUUCUACUGAGGAUACAGUUCUUGGCCUUGACCUCAGUGGAGACCCUACUGUAGGACAAGCAAAAGACUUCUUGGAACCUCUUUUAGAAGCUAAAAAAUCAGGUCUGAAGUUGGCAUUGCAUCUUUCAGAGAUUCCAAACCAAAAAAAAGAAACACAAGUACUCCUGGACCUGCUUCCUGACCGAAUCGGGCACGGCACAUUUCUCAACUCCUUGGAGGGAGGAUCCCUGGAUCUGGUGGACUUUGUGAGGCAACACCAGAUACCGCUCGAACUCUGUUUGACCUCGAACGUCAAAAGUCAGACAGUUCCAUCUUAUAAGCAGCAUCAUUUUGGAUUCUGGUACAGCAUGCUCCAUCCUGCCGUGAUCUGUACCGAUGAUAAGGGUGUUUUUGCAACACACCUUUCUCAAGAGUACCAGCUGGCAGCUGAAACAUUUCAUUUGACCCAGUCUCAGGUGUGGGAUCUGUCUUAUGAAUCCAUCAGCUACAUCUUUGCUUCUGACAGCACCAAGUCUGAUCUGAGGAAGAAGUGGAAUCAUCUGAAGCCAAAAGUGUUCCAGUUUUAAGCUGUAAUGAGGUGAACUACUUUCGAGUAUGUAUGACAACCUAGACCUCCCUGCUGUAUCCCACUUAGUAAGCUGUCCACUGCUCCCUCCCGUGGAAGCAUAGCAGCCAAGUGCCGUGGGCUCCAACACUAGCACCUUACUCACGGUGGAUGCCCAGUCUCUCUUAAACUGACUGGCAGGCUGAGGUCGUCCAUGGCUCACCUCCAUGCUGCUUACAGGAAGGGACUUGAAAGUUGCUGCUCACUGAACUCCCCAUUCCAGCAGUGAUUUUGACUUAACAGUCCUUCAUUAGUGAUCAUGAAACUUCAAGAAAAUCAAAGUAGGUUCUCAUCAGGAAAAGUUUUGGAAUUACUGGUCUAAAUAAGGUGAAGAGAGAAGGAAAAACAGAUUGUCGCCAAAACCUUUAAGCCAUCUAGCUUGUGAUGACAGCUCUGUAUUUUGUUGUGCUUACUUUAAUCGGACUCCUUUCACUUAAGUAUUCCCCAGAACUGUGGACUCCAGGGAUACCAUGCAUUUUUGUGAAUCCCAGUAGCCAGGGUUAAUCUCCUUUGGGUGGGUGACCCUAAGUGACAGAUAAAGCUAGCUUCUGAUAUCUGCCUUUGCCCUUCUCAUGAUUAAUCCUCCUGGAGUCAAGAUACAUUUUAGAUUUUGAAUCGAACAAUGGAGAGAGAAUUGAUCCAUUCUUAUGUUCAUAUCUCAUCUUCCCUCCCCUACCUGGUUACUAUAAAAAUAAUUCUCUACAGAGUUGACAGGACAGCCUCUAUACUCAGAUUACAGUAAAAGAGAAAUGGCAGUGCUC